AUGCGAGAACAUAGUUCCGUAUCUCUGAGUGGUAGUGGGAAGAAACCAGGCUCGAGCGCGAUUGCAUCACGUUUGGCCGAAACCACUCAUUUCAUGGACAAGGAGCAGGCCUUCAACAUCAUAUACCGGGAAAAAGGAUGGAGGUCGCAGAAUGAUUUCAUUGACUGGAAUAGUUUCGCCAAUUCGACCAUCAAAGGUAACUUUAUAGUGAUUUCCGGGGACAGGAUGGUACGCCAAGCUGAGCUACAGACAUUGAUGUUCCGAUUUCAUUCUGCCUACUACAAGGCAGCAGUUUGCAGUGUAGUAAAAAAAAUCCUACAACGGCGCCAUGGCAGUUCAGCAAAUCAGUCGCGAAAACGCCGAAAUAUAGAUGGCGUUAGUUUGGAAAAGUGCUGGCUUACAUCACAAAGGAGAGAUUCAGCUCGGUUCCAACUCACCGUGGGAUAUUCCCAAGAUGAGCAUGGAACAUAUACGACGCCAACAGAGGCCCCCGAAGAAGAGGUCAAUAUCACAUACUUGGAAACAUCACAAACGAGAGAUUCAGCUGGGGUCCAGAAAAAUCGAAUAUUGUACGCACCAAAAGAGGAGGUGGCUCACGUGCAGCAUAUUCAGUUGGAAGAAAUCAUAAACGAAAGAUUCAGCUGGGAUUUGGCUGAGUGUUCCGUUAAGAUCAGAUUGCUGUGCAAUCUAGGACACCUUAAUGGAAAAUUCCUCUUGGGGUCGUUCACAGAUUUCGUUCACCUGUGUUCGUCCAAGGGUGCUGGGACAAUUAGUUUGGGGAUGCGGGUUGGGUGGUUAAUCGGAUCUAACGCUACUUGGAUUUCUGUACUUUUAGACCCAGGAGAUGUCGCUGAUAACUGCACACCGCCUCGUGAGAUCUCGGCUGAUCUAAGACCGCUCUCCAAACGUUUGCAAGUUCUACCCCCUCUAUUCUAUUCACACUGGGACGCUUGGCGAUUUCCACCGCCUCGGCCACCAGUCGCUGUGGCAGAUCAAAAUACGGUGCCUUUAGUGGAGGCC